CUUUCCAAGAAAAAUUCAAACAAAUUUGGUGUCUUUUCAGUUUUUUGUUUCUGGGUUUUGGAGUUUUAAGCUGUUUGAUUAAUUGGGUUCAGCUGAACUUUCUUCAUAUUUUUCAUUAUUUUGGGUAUUUGUGCUAAGAUUGUUUGAAAAUUCUUGGUUUGGUGAUUCUGGGUAUUAAUUUCAAGGACCAAAGUAGAGUUCUUUUUAGUGAUUCUGAGUUUUUUGGAGAAAUUUUGGUACUUGGUAUUCAUUACCAAGCUGCAUUUAUAAGUGAGAGUUUGUCUUCAAGAAAGUUCAGUAGCUAAAAGUUAGGAAUUCUUACAAAUUUGUGUUCUUGGGGGGUGAUUAGGAUUAAGAACAUAAGAGAGUCGAAAUGGCGGUUGGUCGUAAUGGUAAAAAAAGGCGGUUGCGUUUGAGCAAGAUCUAUUCAUUUGCUUGUGGGAAGCAAUCAUAUAAAGAUGACCAUUCUCAGAUAGGAGGGCCAGGGUUUUCAAGGGUUGUGUUCUGUAAUGAAUCAGAGAGUUUUGAGGCCGGAAUUCGGAAUUAUAUUGAUAAUUAUGUGAGGACUACUAAGUAUACUCCUUUUUCUUUCAUUCCUAAGUCAUUGUUUGAGCAGUUCAGAAGAGUGGCCAAUUUUUACUUCUUGAUUAGUGGAAUCUUAUCUUUUACUCCUUUGGCACCUUAUGGUGCUGUGAGUGCUAUUAUUCCUCUUAUCUUUGUUAUUGGAGCUACUAUGGUUAAGGAACUCAUUGAGGAUUUGAAGAGAAAGCAGCAGGAUGUUGAGAUGAACAAUAGAAAAGUUAAGGUGCAUCAAGGUGACGGUGUUUUCAAGCAGACAGAAUGGAAGAAUUUGAAAGUAGGAGAUAUAGUGAAGGUGGAGAAGGAUCAAUACUUUCCAGCAGAUCUCCUUUUACUUUCUUCUAGUUUUGAGGAUGCAGUCUGCUAUGUUGAAACCAUGAACCUCGAUGGAGAGACAAAUUUGAAAGUAAAACAGGCAUUGCCAGCAACUGCUGACUUAGGUGAGGAUUCAAACUAUAAGGAUUUCAAAGCUACUAUCCGAUGUGAAGAUCCAAAUGCAAAUUUGUAUGCUUUUGUUGGAACCUUUGAUUAUGAAGAAAACCAAUAUCCCCUCAGUCCUCAACAACUUCUCCUUAGAGAUUCAAAACUCCGAAAUACAGAGUACAUAGUUGGAACAGUUGUAUUCACCGGACAUGACACAAAGGUUAUGCAAAAUUCUAGAGCUCCUCCUUCAAAGAGAAGCAGAACUGAAAGGAAGAUGGAUCUAAUUGUGUAUGUAUUGUUGAGUUUUGUGUUCUUAAUGGCAUUAGUCGGAUCUAUUGUGUUUGGUGUUGAAACUGAAAAUGACUUGACAAAUGGAAGGAUGAAAAGGUGGUACCUCAGACCUGAUGAUUCUGAAGUUUACUUUGACCCUAAGGAAGCAUCAACUGCCGGUUUUCUUCAUUUCUUGACCGCUUUGUUGCUAUAUACCUACUUCAUUCCCAUCUCCUUGUAUGUGUCCAUAGAAAUUGUUAAAGUUCUUCAGAGUGUUUUCAUCAAUAGGGAUAUUCAUAUGUAUUAUGAGCUGACCGACAAACCAGCCCAUGCUCGUACCUCAAAUUUGACGGAGGAACUUGGGCAAGUGGAUACAGUUCUAUCUGACAAGACUGGAACAUUGACAUGCAAUGCCAUGGAGUUCAUCAAGUGUACUGUGGCUGGGACAGCUUAUGGUCGUGGUGAUACAGAAGUUGGGAGAGCUAUGGAUAGAAGAAAAGGUACUGCAGAGAUUGAAGAAGUAAAUGGUCGGGAUCACAAUUCUUCUGAGAAUAGAACGCCACUCGUUAAAGGUUUUAAUUUUGAAGAUGAGAGGAUGAUGAAUGGAAACUGGGUUCAUGAGCCUAAUGCUUCUGUUAUACAGAAGUUUUUACGUUUACUAGCAGUCUGUCAUACUGCUAUAGCUGAAGAAGAUGAACAGACUGGGAAGAUUUCAUAUGAAGCUGAAUCACCGGAUGAAGCUUCAUUUGUGAUUGCAGCAAGAGAACUUGGUUUUGAAUUCUGCGGCAGGACUCAAACAACUAUUUCAGUGAGGGAGUUGGAUCUGGAGACCAGAAGGCGAGUUGAAAGGUCAUAUAAACUUUUGAAUGUUUUAGAGUUUAACAGUGCAAGAAAACGAAUGUCUGCAAUAGUAAGAGAUGAAGAGGGAAAACUUUUAUUACUUUGUAAAGGUGCCGACAGCGUUAUGUUUGAAAGGCUCGCCCUGAAUGGUAAGGAGUAUGAAGAGAAGACCAGGGAGCAUGUGAAUGAGUAUGCAGAUGCAGGCUUGAGGACACUGUUACUUGCUUACCGAGAACUAAAGGAAGAUGAAUACCGAGAUUUUAAUCAGAAAUUUACCGAGGCAAAGAAUUCAGUGAGUGCAGAUCGGGACGCGUUGAUUGAUGACUUGUCAGAGAAGAUGGAGAGGAAUCUAGUUCUUCUUGGUGCUACUGCUGUUGAAGACAAACUCCAAAAAGGGGUUCCUGAAUGCAUAGACAAACUCGCGCAAGCUGGAAUUAAGAUCUGGGUUUUGACUGGAGAUAAAAUGGAGACUGCCAUCAACAUUGGUUUCGCGUGUAGUUUGCUUAGACAAGGAAUGAAGCAAAUUCUGAUCACUUUAGAGACUCCAGAUAUUCAAGCAUUGGAAAAGGCAGGGGACAAAAACGCCAUUGCCAAGGCAUCAAAGGACAGUAUCUUACGCCAAAUACAUGACGGGAAGGCUCUGAUACAAGGAUCAACAGGCUCUGAUACUCAUGCAUUGAUUAUUGAUGGGAAAUCACUUACUUAUGCUUUGGAUGAUGACAUUAAGAAUUUGUUUCUCGAGCUUGCUGUUGGUUGUGCAUCUGUAAUUUGCUGCCGUUCAUCACCAAAACAGAAAGCAUUGGUCACUAAGCUAGUUAAAGAAGGAACUGGAAAAACAACAUUGGCAAUUGGUGAUGGUGCUAAUGAUGUGGGUAUGCUUCAAGAAGCAGAUAUCGGAAUAGGAAUCAGUGGUGUUGAAGGAAUGCAGGCUGUCAUGUCAAGUGAUGUGUCGAUAGCUCAGUUUCGGUAUUUAGAGCGGUUGCUUCUCUUGCAUGGACAUUGGUGUUAUCGAAGAAUCUCAUCCAUGAUAUGCUACUUCUUCUACAAAAAUAUCACAUUCGGCUUCACUCUUUUCUUAUAUGAAGCAUUUGCAUCAUUCUCCGGACAACCCUUGUACAAUGAUUGGUUUAUGUCCUUGUAUAGUGUCUUCUUCAGUUCAUUUCCCGUUGUUGCUAUGGGAAUUCUCGACCAGGAUGUAUCCGAAGAAUCUAUCUUCAAGUUUCCUCUAUUGUACCAACAAGGUGUACAAAACGUACUCUUCAGCUGGCGUCGAAUAAUAAGCUGGAUGUUUAACGGUAUCUACAGCGCCAUAAUGAUUUUCUUUUUGUGCUCAAAAGCAUUAGAGCAUCAAGCUUUCGAUGAAGAGGGCAGAACGGUUGGGAGGGACAUCUUAGGUGCAACAAUGUACUCAUGCGUUGUAUGGGCUGUUAACAUUCAAAUGGCGCUUUUCAUCAACUAUUUCACUCGCAUACAACAUGCCUUAGUUUGGGGUUCUAUCGCUUUAUGGUACAUUUUCCUCAUGAUCUAUGGAGCCAUGGGUCCAGUAACAUCCGGAAACGCUUAUAUGAUCUUCGUAGAAGCCCUCGCCCCAACGCCAUCUUACUGGCUUGUCAUAUUAUUUGUGAUGCUUACGACACUGAUCCCGUAUUUCCUAUUUUCCGCUAUUCAAAUGCAGUUCUUUCCUAUGUAUCAUCAAAUGAUACAGUGGAUGAAUCAUGAGGGUAAAAGUGAUCCCGAGUAUUGUGAAAUGGUGCGACAAAGAUCAGUAAGCACAGCAACGGUGGGUUUCACAGCACGUAAAGCAUCAGUUAGACGUUCGUAGCGACCAAUCCGGAACCACACAGAGAUAUCAGCACAUCAUUCUCCAUGGAAUAGGAUAGUUAUAUUAAUUCUUUGUUGUAUACUUGAUUUUGUAUAAGUUAGUUACUGUGUGUGUUUAGCAUAGAAGUGAGAUAUUGAUGUAUACUGCCUUUUUUAUUUUAUUUUUCUUACACAUUAUAUACAACUUUCUGUUGUACAUUUUGAAAUUCAAUAAUAAUGUAAAAUUGUUUUCUCA